AUGUCGCCUCACAUGCAUUUAAAAGGAACAGAAUUACCACACACUUUAACAGUUUUCUUCGUAAUGUCGAAUCGAAUUGGCGUUUCUCUUCUUACGCUGCCAGUCGAGCUCGUCUACAGAAUUCUUGAUCAUCAAGACGAAUACACUAUUCUAUGCUCAAUGAGAAAUGUUUGUCAACGUCUGGACAUCAUCGUCAAUGGCUACUAUCAAUACCAGUCUGUCAUCACACUAGAUUUUUUCGGUAGUAACCUCGACGAUAUUCAAGCACAACGCUUAGCUGUUGCAUUGAGACACAAUACAAGCAUUACUCUAUUAGAUCUUGCAUAUAAUAAUAUAAGAAACACAGGAAUUGAAAAGUUGGCUGGUAUCUUCAAUAGCAACCAGACCGUUAUCACCACACUAUGUCUCGAUAGUAAUGACUUCACAACAGCUGGAUUCAUUCAUCUGGCUACUGCAUUACAUAAUAACAAGACGCUGACUUUUCUACGACUCGCAAGUAAUAGUCUUGACGAUGUUGAUGCACAGCAUCUAAGUAAUGCCUUGCGCCAGAACAAAGUGCUUACGAUCCUCAAGCUGCAAGAUAAUCGAAUUGGAGAUACGGGAGCAAAAUAUCUUGCUAAUGCGUUAGAAAAUAACACAACACUCACUACAUUGGAUCUCACUGAAAACGUAAUCACGGAUGUCGGAGUUCAGGACCUAGCCGAAGCAUUACACAAAAAUAAAACCAUCAUUGCACUAUAUCUGGAAAGUAAUAAUAUCACAUGUACGGGAGCACAAUAUCUGGCGAAUGUAUUAAACGAUAGCGCAAACCUCACUUUAUUAAACCUUAGGAAGAACAGUAUUGAAACUGACGGAAUACGGUACAUAGCUGACGCAUUACAAAACAAUACAGUUCUUGCUGAACUAUACCUCGGCUUUAAUCUAGUCGCAGAUGAUGGAGUCAAAUAUUUGACUGAAGCCCUACAAAAUAACACAACAUUGACGGUACUAGAUCUGACAAAUGCUGAUAUUCGAGUUAAGGGAACACAAUACCUCGCUGAUCUAUUGAUAAGUGAUAACACGAAGCUCAGUAAAUUAUACCUGAAGAAUAACUUUGUGGAAGAUGUUGGAUCACAGCACUUGGCCAAUGCUUUGCUCAGUAACACAACCCUCACUUUGUUGGACUUACAAACCAACGAAAUCGGAGUUGAUGGAAUACAAUAUCUAGCCAAUGCUCUACGACAGAAUCGAACACUUGAGAUAUUUGAUCCUGCAAAUAAUCAGUUUGGAACUGUCGGUAUUCAAUAUUUGGCUGAUGCUUUACACGAAAAUACAACACUUCUUCGACUUCAUUUCGAAGAAAAUGGCGUAGGCGAUCUCGAAGCACAAUAUUUGGCUAAUACUUUACAUAUCAACAGAACACUUACUGUUCUAUCUUUAUCCAACGAAAAAAUCGGAGAUGACGGAGCAGUAUCUCUGGCUCGGGCACUAUUGUAUAACAAAACACUCACUACUCUAGAUCUGAGAAAUUGUCAAAUCCAAGAUAUAGGAGCACAGCACUUCGCUGAGGUACUUCGAAAGAACAUGACACUUGAAAAGCUAAAUCUUGGAGGAAAUCAAAUCACAGAUGUCGGAGCACAACAUUUAGCUGAUGCAUUACAUAUGAAUACGACGCUUAACACAUUCUUGAUCGGGUCGAAUCCUUUUGGUCACCACGGAGCACACCGGCUAGCCGAUGCUCUAUGCAACAAUCUGAAACUCAUUCGACUUGAUCUUCGUAAUAUUAUGACGAAUGAUGACGUUCGCCAACAAAUCAGAAACAACAUUGAACGAAACAAAAGACGAGUCGAAGGCACAUCUGUUAAUCAGCCCAAGCUUUGCCCUGCUGCAACAUGGAAUGCAACUGCAACUACCUUUGCAACCAGUAGUACGAUUGGUUCGUAUCCAUAUGCAGUCUUUAUUGAUCAAAACAAUAAGAUCUACGUGGCCAAUCGACAAAUGAGUUCUAUUCAAGUAUGGAUCAACGACUCUUCGCUUCCAAAAACAAUUGCUAUUCGAAAUAAUAGUUAUCCAAUAACUCUGUUUGCUACAGACAAUGGUACUAUUUAUGUAGGUGACAAUAACAAUUACGUGACCAGUUGGCUGCUAAAUCAAACAGGCAAUCAAUCGUCAUUAUAUACGGGUGGAACAUGCUAUAGUCUUUUUAUUGACAAGAACAAUUCACUUUACUGUUCCUUAUCUAAUAACCAUAUAGUCAUCAAACGAUCAUUGAAUAGUAGUGAUAAUCAAACAGCAAUUGUUGCAGGUAGUAAGUGCUUUGGAUUUUUGGGUAAUAGCCUAUAUUAUCCCAGGGGAAUAUUUGUUGAUAAAAAUUACAGUCUAUAUGUGGCUGAUUCCCAAAAUCAUCGAGUUCAACUUUUUCGUUCGGGAGCCGGAAAUACAACGACAAUUGCCGGUUGGGGGGCACCUGCAACAAUCACAUUAUAUUACCCUAUAGAUGUGAUGGCUGACGCUGAUGGAUACAUAUAUAUCGUAGAUUACAACAAUUAUCGUAUCGUAGGAUCCAGUUCUCACGGCUUUCGAUGUGUAGUUGGAUGCACUGGUUCGAGUGGUUCAGCGGCUAAUCAACUGUCUUAUUCAUGGACUAUGGCUUUUGAUAUAUAUGGAAAUAUUUUUGUUGCUGAUAGUAACAAUAACCGCAUCCAGAAAUUUAGUCUGGCUACCAACUCAUGUGACGCUACGACUGUCGCAUACCAAACAUCGACACCAUCUGUUGGUACCAUCAAUACAACAAACAUGCAAUCCAUUUCUCAUAAAACAGGUAUAUCUUAUAAUCGACCGAAACUUUGUGUAAAUGCUUCGUGGACUGUAAAUGCAACUACAUUUGUUAACCGUAGUACAUUUGUAAUGUAUCCAUGGAAUGUAUUUGUCGACACGAACGACACAAUUUAUACCAUCGACCAAAACUAUGGGAUUCUCCAUAUGUGGCUGAAAGGAAAUAUUACAAUGUCGAAAAAUAUAUCUCAAUCUCAAAGUGUUUCUUAUGGUUUUUUUGUCACCGGUUCUGGAGACAUUUAUGUUGAUAAUGGUGGUCGUUACGGUCAGAUCAGCAAAUGGCCAAUGAAUACAUCAAAUGCUAUUCCAGUAAUGGACGUUCCACAAUCCUGUUUUGAUCUUUUUAUCGACAGUAACAAUAUCCUCUAUUGCUCUAUAUCCACUUUUAAUGAAGUCGUAGCUAAAUCACUUAGUGAUAUGUCCAGUUCAUUAAGAACUGUUGCUGGUACAGGUUGCAGUGGAUCAACAUCAUAUGAACUGGCAAUACCGAGAGGUAUAUUUGUCAACGCAGAUUUUGAUCUUUAUGUGGCUGACUAUGGAAACCGCAGAGUUCAGCUUUUUCAAUCAGGACAAAAGAACGCGACAACCGUUGCUGGCUCUGGUGCGCUAGGAACGAUCACAUUAAAUUGCCCCACGGAUAUCGUCUUAGAUAAUGAUGACUAUUUGUUUAUUGUUGAUUCCUGUGAUAGCCGUAUAAUUGGCUCAGGACCAGAUGGUUUUCAAUGUAUUGCUGGGUGUUCUGGCAGUUCUGGAUCAGCAUCCGAUAAAUUAAAUAAUCCUUGGUACAUGGCAUUCGAUAGUAACGGAAAUAUUUAUGUUUCUGACUGUGGAAACUCUCGAAUCCAGCUAUUCACUUUAGAAAAAAGUUUGUGCGAAACAUCAACAUCCACCACUGCCGAUACGUCUUUAACACCCUCAUUGCCAUCGUCUAAUACAAAUUGCUUUUCACCGUUUAUCACACUGAUUCCAAGUACUUCUUCACUCUCGUCCCCAUUACAGUAUCGACGAAGUCAAGACUUUUCCAUUAGUUCAUAUCUACAACUGAAUUGUAGUCUUUCACUUUCAACGACUAUAAAAUGGACCAUCACCAACUGUACUUCAGCCUGCUCUUCUAUUCCCAUUCAACUGCCGCAAACACUUGUCACGACUUCAACCGAACUAUUCAUUCCUGGCAAAACACUCACCUAUGGAACUUAUCAGUUCACACUCAGUGUUACUAUGAUUGCUUCUUAUCAUCUUUCGUCAUCGAGCUCUGCAUACGUCAAAAUUAUUCCAUCCGGCAUCACACCGAAUCUCAUUCAAUUCGGCACUUCAAUGAUCACACGAGGAUAUCAACAACAGCUCACUCUUGAUCCUGGAGCGUUUUCAGUCGAUCCGGAUGCCCUGACGUUCAAUGCUACCAAUUGGAAAUACAAAUAUUUUUGUCGAAUCUAUAAUAAAUACAACUUCCCGAACAUUGCUGGAAAUCUUCUCACUAUUGAUGAUCCACAAGUCGAUACUGUCAAUCCAUCGUGCGUAUCGCAACGAUCAGGUAAUACAUCAAAACUAAACUACACUGGGCCUACGUCUUCACGCAUGUCUUCACUAACCCUUCUCCCCAAUGCGCUCACAUCCAAUGAAACAUAUCAGUUCAUGGUUCAACUCGAAAAUCGUCUCAAUUCAUCUACACAAGCAACAGGUUAUCUUCUUGUGCAAACUGAAGACAGCCAGCCCGAACUGAUUGCCAUUUCUUGUGUCAUCUCUACUCUGUGCGUUCCUAAUCAACAAUAUCAAUUUGUCAAUCCGACUACACAAGUUGCUCUCUUCUCUCUUUGUGUCGGUACAUGCAUGUCGAUCAACAACAUCACAUGGAAUGUCUAUCACGGAAUCAUCAACGCAUCCACCAAUGUCAUGGAAUGGACACUUUUCGGACAAACACAGAAAUACCAAAAUAUAUGGUUCUUUGGCUCUAACACAAGUAAUUUCACUGCCACCAACAACUUGUUUCUCGCGCAACCUUCAAUUCAAUUUUGGCGAUUCGAAGUAGUCUAUUCGUUUUCGCAACAGAUCAGUUUCAGUGCAAUGAACUUCAAAGUGAACACACCACCUCAAAAUGGUUCAUGUACCAUAUCUCCACUUAAUGGUACAACAUCCACUCUCUUCACGAUCACUUGUUCUCAAUGGAUAGAUGACGAUGGUAUUCAAGAUUAUUCAUUCUACAGUUGGACAACAGAUCCGAAUGAACGAACGAUUCUUGGCUACUCAUCAUUGUCAUCCAUUCAAUUAAGAUUGCCAGCUGUCAAUAAGAAUAUUUCAUCAUUUCUCCGUAUUUCCGUUCAAAUUCGAGAUAGAAUGAGUUGUGUCACAGACUACAACAUGUCAACAGUCACAGUUGACUCCGAUACUACACAGAUCGCUGAUUUUGUCAAUAGUGCGCAACAAUCAAGUAACACACGUGGACUGACAAACAAUCCAAUCGUUCAAAUUCUAGCAAGUGGUAGUCAAAAUACUGUGGGCCAAGUGAUCAGUUCAUUAUCACAGGAAUUCAACAGAAUCAACGGCGAAACUGUAGAGAAUGCUGUUGCAAAUGGUGUUCCUGCAUCUAACAUUGCUGUUUCAACCUUAGAUAGUACCAGUCAACCAACAUCAUCGUCCGGAACAAAUGCAUCGGCACUCGACGAGUUCAACAAACAACUCAACACAUAUGCAAGUGUCCGAGACUUACUAAUUACGUUUACAACUAAUCUGCAACCAGCAACGGCACCUGUUAUCCAACUACAAGCAUCAUCCUUAGCUCAGCUUACUCAAGCAACCAAUCAACUUACGCGAUCCACUGCGACGAUUGCAGCACAAAAAUGUUAUCAACUUGCAGUCACUUUACAUUCUUUGGCAAUGAAAAUUCCCUUCGAAGAUGUGCAGGCAUCAACCACGCUCAUUGCACAAUGUGCUAGCAAUGCUCUCAAUGCUGUCAAUGGUCCACUACAACAACGGACAACUGUACUUGAUCUCGAUUCGUCUCGAGCGAAUGCUUUUCCUCAAGAUUACGAUACAGAUCUUGAAUCAGAAUGGAAUAAUCCAAGACAGCUUUCUCUACUCGGCGUAAAUGGUCAAUUGGGGGAUUCACUUGAAAAGAACCGCAAUCUCUACUACCAAAAACAAGCAGCCAAUGAAAUCUCUCUUUUGAAAACACAAACGAUGUCGCUGCUGACAGCAUCAUUGAAUAUUCAUUUAAACAUUGGCCAAAAUCUCGACAUUAACACACCGUCCAUGUGUUUAUCACUUGAAACCACUUCGAUCGAUACACUUGUCAACAAAUCCAUCAAACAGACAUCCACUUCUCAGAUUCGUAUGCCAUCUACUUUUCAAUUCAACACAACAAACACCCAAACCAUUUCACUUCGAUCAAUGAUCGAACCACUUGCAUCAGCCGGCAAUGUUUCUUCUCAAUCUCGAACAAAUCUGUCCAGAUCUAUUUCAUUUUCAAUUCUCGAUACGAAUGGCAAAUCUAUUCCCAUCCAGACUACCUUUGAUCAUCCCAUCGAACUUAUUAUUCCUCGUGAUUCAUUCUUAGUUGUUCCACCGAUGUCACUGCAAAAUGUCACGUCAUUUAAUUCAUCAACGGCGUCACCUCAUCAGCAACUGUUUAAUCUUCAUUUCGUCAACAUCACCAAUCCUUCCUUCACUGUUUCAGUUCAUUUAGAAAUGCAUCCUCUCAACACAAGUCUCGCCUAUUUAUUUAUUUAUCGAUUCGACACUGCACCCAUCCUGAACAGUUCACAUCAACAAAUCGAUGGUUGGUCUUUGUUUUGUCCACAUAAUCUGACCAAUGAUACUGUUUACAAUUACUUUAUCGAUAAUAACCGAACUAAAGGUCAUCAAUCCAUUAUCUUUGGCUUGAGACAACUGAAUACAACUGAGCAAUCAGAUCAGUGUUCCAAUACGUCUGUAACACUUCAACAACCGCCUGUCAGUAAUCAAUCGUUCAUUUUCACGUCCAACUACGAACUGCGUACCUUCACAUCAGGAUGUUACUAUCUCGAUACAAAUAGCAACUGGCAAUCAGAAGGUGUACUUGUUGGACCGUUGACUAAUCAUCAGCAAACACAGUGUUUAUCCACACAUUUAACAACGUUUGCAGGAGGAUUCCUUGUUCUUCCUGCACCUAUCAACUGGAACUAUGUGUUUUCCAACGCCGACUUCACUCGCAAUAAAACUAUCUACAUCACACUUAUUUGUGUGUCUAUUCUCUAUCUCCUUUUACUUGUUUAUGCACGCUACAAAGACAAGAAAGAUCUCGAAAAGCUCGGUGUUACUCCACUUCCUGAUAAUCAACCAUCCGAUCAGUAUUUCUAUCAAAUACUUAUCUUUACCGGUCAUCGGGCAUAUUCGAAUACCAACUCCAAAGUUCAUUUCAUCCUUGCUGGUGACGAUGAUGAAACACAAGUUCGAACAUUAGCUGAUCCACACCGAAAGAUCUUGCAACGAGGUGGUAUCGAUGCAUUUGUUAUGACUGUUCCCAAAUCGUUGGGACCAUUAAACUAUAUACAUAUUUGGCAUGAUAACUCUGGCAAAGGUGCAUCAGCAUCGUGGUUUCUCAAAUAUGUGAUUGUUAGAGAUCUGCAAACGUUAGACAAGUCAUAUUUCAUUUGUCAACGAUGGUUAGCGGUCGAAAAAGAUGAUGGAAUGAUCGAACGGGUAUUACCAGUCGCAGGUGAACAUCAACGACAAGAGUUCUCCUAUCUGCUAUCCAAGCAGGCAUACCAUAGCGUGGCAGAGGGUCAUCUCUGGUUUUCGAUCUUUUCACGACCACCUUCGAAUCGGUUCACUCGUGUUCAACGAUGCACUUGUUGUUUUGUACUAUUGUUAACUUCGAUGCUUCUCAAUAUUCUUUACUACGACCAAGUUGCAGCAGCUAAAGCAAGUGUCAAUACAGCAAGUCUUGCCUUUGGCCCGCUUCAUAUCACUCCUGAACAGAUUAGCAUUGGUGUCAUUGUUGAACUGCUCUCGUUUCUUCCGAGUAUUUUGCUCGUUCAAUUCUUUCGUCGCAUCGAACCUAAACGGUUGCAACAGCAACUGUCUCCUUUACGGCAAGCUAUCUACAAGAUCAAUCCAAGUGACGCGAUAACUGAGACAAACCGAAAGAAACGAUCACGAAUGACGUUUCCAUGGUGGUGUCUGUUCAUAGCUUAUGCGCUUUCAUUUAGUAUCGUUGCAGUAUCGAUGUUCUUCGUUAUUGUUCGUGGGAUAGAAUUUGGUGACGUGAAAACUCAGAAAUGGUUGACAUCGCUUCUCACUAGUUUCUUUUCAUCCAUCUUUCUCAUUCAACCAGCCAAAAUCAUUGGCGUAGCGAUCAUCUUUGCUUUAUUCAUACGAAACACAAACAAUGAUCAACAAGCAGCUGAAUUCAUUGAUGAUGAUGAGAAUCAUCCUCAACUCAACAACGAUGAACAAUAUUUACAUUCUCUCAACACUCAAUCACCAUUCGUUCACCGAUCGAAAACUCGAGCAGAUCGUCUCGAUCAAGCUGAACUUGCCUACAUACGCGAUCGACGACUGAAGGAAAUACAAAUGUGGUCAAUCAUACGUGAGAUCUUCACUUAUCUCACCUUUCUUGCCUUACUCUAUGUCAUCACCUAUUCCAACAUCAAUCAACACGCAUUCUAUGAAGUUCGACACCUUCGGCAAUUCUUUCAUAACACGAAACAAGUUAAUAAUGAUUAUACACAAGUAUCCACGGUCGAUCAAUAUUGGAACUGGCUACAAAAUAGUUUUGCGAACAAUAUUCGUGCACAACAAUGGUACAAUACUGAUCCACCUCGAAAUCUCUCUGGUUUUAUCAACGACAAAUCGAAUCGCUUGAUUGGCUGGGUUACAAUGAGACAACUCAGAGUCAAAUCACACUCAUGCCAGCUCAAAUCAUCCAUUCAACAAUUGUUCACACAUUGCAGUGACGAUUAUAGUUUUUCCAAUAAAGAGAAGGAAUCAUUUCAACCAGGAUGGAUUCCCUAUCAACAAAUUAACAAUCAAUCUCAACCAUUUAGUUCAGCCGUUGAACAAGCAUUUAUAUAUCGAACAGAAGAUCAACUCGAUACCUAUUCCGUUGUUGGUAAUCAUCACACAUACGGUGGUGAUGGAUAUGUCUAUGAAUUUCGUGGUCGACUCAGUGAUCUCCAAACAAAUCUCUCUCGACUCCAUCAACUACAAUGGAUUGAUAGUCAAACAAGAGCCGUCAUUAUUCAAUUCACUCUCUACAAUCCCAAUGUACAACUCUUUACAUUUGCCACUCUUCUAACUGAAUAUCUCUCGGUUGGCAGUCUCGAUCCACAAUCUCGUUUUGAACCGAUCAGUUUCCAAGUCUUCACUUCGUUGUCUCAACUGAUCUGUACAAUCUUUUACAUGAUAUUUAUCGUUCAUAUGAUGAUAGGCGAAAUUCGAUCAUUCACGAAACUCAAAUCUGACUACUUCCAUCAGUUCUGGUCAUUGAUUAAUCUAGGCAUCAUUGUCUGUUCAUGGACAAAUGUCGGUAUUUACGUAUGGAGAUAUUGCGAAUCACUUCGUAUCGGUCAUCUCUUCGAACAAACCAAUGGUUACGUGUACAUCAACUUGCAACUAGCUGUAUACAUCAAUGAUGUCUUCACUUAUUUGCUCGCAUUUUCUUGUUUCUUUGGCACGAUCAAGUUUAUCAAACUAUGUCGUUUCAAUCAUCGUCUCAUGUUAUUUGCAAGAACACUUCAAUAUGCCGCCAGAGAACUCAUCUCAUUUGCAUUCAUGUUCACAAUUGUCUUCAUGGCAUUUGUUAUUCUAUUCUAUCUGCUGUUUGUGUCCAAAUUAUCGUCAUGUUCUAGUGUUCUGCAAACAGUACGAAUGUUAUUCGAAAUCACCUUAAUGAAAUUCGAUGCGCAUGAAUUGAGUGGUGCAGCAGCAUUCCUUGGUCCAUUCUGCUUUAGUUUAUUUAUUCUGAUCGUUGUGUUUGUCUGUAUGAGUAUGUUUUUGACAAUUGUCAAUGAUAGUUUUCGAGUGGUGCGAGAUAUGGGUAAAACACAGGCAAGCCAUGACCAACAUAUAUUUUCAUUUAUGACUGGCAAGUUACGAACAUGGAUUGGUAUUGGUAAUUCAAAUGACUUGUAUCAAAUGGAAGAAAUUAGAUCGACAUACUAUGAUCCAAUUAGUAGAUUUCCUGACAAGAUGGAUGAACUGCUCGACGCUCUGAAUCGCGCUGUUCAUUUCCGGACCAGUCAGAGCGAUAUAGGAUCUUGUGUUGGAUUCGAUCCAUCGGCACUCGAUGAUCCGACGCAAUCCGAUUCCUGUCGAGUGAAAAUACAGCUGCUGUUAAACUCGUUCAAACUCAACGCCUUAAAAUUAGCAGCGUCUCAAAGAAUAUUCAUCCAACAUUAG